GUCCUUCUCAACUCCAUCCGCCGCCCCCGCCGCCCAUGCAGAGCUAUCCGCCUCUUCGUCCAGCAGAGCACCGCCCGCCUAUCCUCCCCGCUCAGACAUCCUCUUCUACGGACUCUUACCGUCUCCCUUCGUCCUCUACCGCGGGCCACCUUCCCACAAUCCCCGUUAUUGGAUCUAGCGCCAACGCAGAAGCCGGCCCCUCCACCCUGGGGCCCAACGCGGGCAAGAGACGCAUCGGCGUCGCGAAUGCUAAGAAACGUCGCGCGACUAACGCAGGUGUCGAUGACGGCACCGCGAACGAAGACGGCACACCGUCCCGACCGCCGACCAAACAACGGGAUGGCCCCAAAAAGAAGAAAGCACAGCGCGCAUGCGCACAUUGCCAAAAGGCACAUUUGACUUGUGAUGAUACUCGACCGUGCCAACGCUGCGUCAAGCGCGGUAUGGCCGAAAAAUGCGUUGAAGGGCAUCGUAAGAAAGCGAAAUACCUACUGGAUGAUGCUGAACUCGAGGCUUUAAAGAAGGGCAAGCCGAUCUCACAAACUACUCCAGAAGGCUCCCAACCUCCACCCUCCGCUCCGCCAGUGAUGGAACAGUUUCCGAGCAAUGAUUUAUACUUCAACCUCCCGAUGGAUCAGAAUUACAGCUUUGGUUCCGAGGCUGCGAAUCUCGAGUACUCGAGUCUAUCAGCUAUCCUAGGGAUGAACAACUUCAGCCCUGAUCAGCCGUUCCUCACCUCGGAGACCCCUCCAUCGACGUCCGUUGCGUAUGGAUCGCAGUUCGCAAACGCUGCAUGGCCGGCUGAGCCGUCACCCCAACAGACGAACAUCUCUCCACAAGCUCUCAUGGGUGGACGGUCCGUCGGAUACGAUACAAGCUAUGCUAGUCAACAACAACAGCAGCAGCAACAACAACAACAACAACAACAACAGAACGGCGGACAGUAUAUUCAAAAUGGGCGAUAUGCUAACCAGGGCAUGUUCGAUAAUGCUGGGGCAUCAAAUAUCAGCAUACAACAAAAUGGUCGCGAACAACAGCAACUCCCAGUCCAGAAUCUAACAUCCGAUACCGCCUAUCCGCAAUCAGAUCUCUCGUUCGCAAGCCAGCAGUCAUACAUACAGCCAUCCCCUCCCGUUGUAGCCCCAUUACAGCAGCAACAGCAGCAGCGCUUGCCCACAAGUCAAGGUCCGAGCACGAGUGCGCCGCCGAUUGCCCAGCGCUCAAUGACGCAACAGACGAGCACGUCAACCGUUUCUCCACCCGAUACAGACUCUCCAAUGUCAACGGGUUCCUUAACUGAAGGGCAGACUACUCCUGCAAUUGGGAGUGGCGAAACGCCGUCCGAUGUGUACUCGACUGUUACGAAGCCAUAUAGCUAUAUUCAGAGCUACCAGUUCCUGAUGGGCUUCUUGUAUAAAAGAUUCUCUAAAAAUGAUAUCCUACGCGUCAUACGCGCUCUAGCCAUCUACCGCCCAUCUAUGAUUGCCCUCCAAGCGCCCAUGUCUGCAGAUGACUUUAUAUUUAUGGAGAAGUGCCUUCGCCGUUCGCUCUUGGAAUUGGAGAAGUUGAUUUCGUUUAGUGGUACUCCGACCGUUGUGUGGCGCCGGACAGGCGAGAUAUGUCUCGUUGGUGUUGAGUUUUGUCUCCUUACGGAGUGGAAGAAAGAGGACCUCGUUACUGGAAGGAAAUAUAUCUACGAGCUCUUCGAAAGUCAAUCCGUCAUCGAGUACUGGGAGAAGUUCGCCUCGCAUGCGUUCGAGAACACAGCAACGUCCGUAUUUAGUCAUUGUGUGCUUCUGAAACCGUCCGGGGAGCCUAUACCGUGCACGUUUUGCUUUUCGAUACGGAGAGAUAUAUUUGAUUUGCCGAGUCUCGUCAUCGGGCAAUGGCUACCUCUCAUGUAAUUUAACUUUAAGAAGGAUUGACAUUGUCACUUCCGCCAGACGGACAUGAACCAAGAAGAAAAAAAGAAAUUUAAUUCCGUUAUUUACAUUUUUACUUUCCAUAUCACCACAUUAUUCUUUUCUUUUCUUUUAUUAUCUCUUCACUCCGUUUAUGGUUCCUUUAUCAGGUCCUGGAACGAGCUUCUUAACUUACUCAUAUACUUACUGUAUGUUGCUCUUACACAAGUAUACAGGCUGAGUACUGCUUUCUUUUGAAAUUCACAUUGUUUUUUACACUUUCUAUCAGACACCC